UUGACAUUCCGCACUAAUUCGGCAAGAGAAAGAUAGUGAAGCUGUGACAUGAGCGUAAAAUAAUUAUUUUUUAUUCUAUUUCACUGCCUAUUGGUACUGAUUAUCAAUUUUGACACGGUCUCAAAUAUUUAAUGUGAGGUUAAUUGCCUUUCUCUAAGUUGAAAAUGAAACAGUAAUAAAUUUCGUAAUAUUAUUGUAUGCACCUUGUGCACGAUUGUAAACAAACGUGAUGGAAAUCCAUUUGUAAAUUUACGUAACUUCACACGGUGCUGUCAAAAUUCUCUCGAAAGCAGAAACGAGCCGAAAAAAGUUUUGCAAUCGUUUGCAAAUAGUGCAACUCCCGGACAAGAAUCGCGGAAUACGACGGAAGCAACCAUGUCGGCCGUAAAAAUCUUCUCGCUGGCCAAACAGGGCAGCCGACUGAUCCGUCCGGCUUCGUUUUCGACCGCCGCCACACGGUGCUACAGCUCGCAGGCCAAGCCCGCUGCAAUUAAACCGGAAGAGUACUACUACGUUAACAACAAGGAGCAAAGCAUGGACAUGAACGACAUUACCGACCGUGCGGCCCAAACGAUCUUCUGGACGGAGCUGUUCCGCGGUGCCGCCGUCACCCUGGCGCACAUCUUCAAGGAGCCGGCCACCAUCAAUUACCCGUUCGAGAAGGGACCGCUCAGCCCGCGGUUCCGUGGCGAGCAUGCGCUGCGCCGCUACCCGAGCGGCGAGGAGCGCUGCAUUGCGUGCAAGCUGUGCGAGGCCAUCUGUCCGGCGCAGGCCAUCACGAUCGAGGCGGAGGAGCGUGCGGACGGGAGCCGGCGCACGACGCGCUACGACAUCGAUAUGACCAAGUGCAUAUACUGUGGCUUCUGCCAGGAGGCUUGCCCGGUCGAUGCCAUCGUCGAGGGGCCGAACUUUGAGUUCUCGACCGAAACCCACGAGGAGCUGCUGUACAACAAGGAGAAGCUGCUGAGCAAUGGCGACAAGUGGGAGUCAGAAAUCGCGACCAACAUCAACGCCGACUACCUGUACCGUUAAGAGCGAAGCAGCGGCGUGAUGUUAGGGCAGCCCAGCACGUCCCGUGUGGAUAGCAACUAUGUAUAAUAACAGAUAAUUAACACUGAAGAAUAAAGCCUCCCAGCCCGUAAUAAGCGUAGUGCGCAGAAAGCCUCAUUCGGAAGACGCGUGCGUGUAGAGAA